AGUGGUCUGUUUGGUGACUGAAUAUGGUGGAACGAAGUUGUGUUAUUAUUAGCCAAAAGACGUUCUGUAUUAUAGUAAACAUUUAGUCGAACAUGUUCAGAAGUCUUUCCACAGUCCUCAUAUUGCUUAUGACAGGAGCAUCGUUGUUUACUUCCGUAUAUCGACACUAUAAGACCCGCCUUCGUAAAUUUGAUUGGCUUCCCUGCCAGUCAGGAAACGAUUUCUUGUUUACGAUUGGACGAUGAUUUCAAACGUCAUUUGAAUGGCACCGCUCUGUUUGGAGGACUAUAGCCGACUUUGUAGGAAAUACAAGAAGGUCUGAGUUUUGAGGUACUCUACAUGGAUUCUUCAUGUUAAUCUCGGGUUUUUUGAAGCUGAGUCGAGCGGAGGUACGUGUGGGGAGACUGGCGGCUCAACUCAGUAAAGCGGCCAUGUCCACCAAUGAAGCCAGCGGGGAGGCUCCGACUGCAGCCAUCCUCAUCAUUGGAGACGAGAUUCUCAAGGGCCACACUGCGGACACCAAUAGCACCUUCCUCACGCGAGCGUUAAGGAAGCUCGGCGUUUCCGUGCAGCGUAUAACAGUCAUACCGGACGUCCAGGAGGUCAUCGCCAAAGAGGUGGCCCUCCUUUCCUCUCAGCACACCCACCUCAUUACCUCAGGUGGCAUCGGGCCCACACACGACGACGUCACCUUCGAGAGCGUCGCCAUGGCCUUCCAGGAGGAGCUCUAUCCCCACCCCGAGCUUUCCCGGCUGGUGGAGGAGUUCUUUGGAGUAGCGGACAAAAACAGUGCGGCCAUGAAGCUGGCCAUGGUGCCCCGGUCAGCGAAACUCAACUACGGAAUGGACCCUCAGACGGGAAAACCUCUUCGCUAUCCACUGGUGAGCGUGCGUAACGUGUAUAUCUUUCCCGGAAUACCAUCCCUCAUGGAAAAAGCCUUUAAUGGGUUGGAACACCUUUUUGCGAGCUCAGGUACCAGCUUUCACACUCGAGAGGUGUUUGUGGCCGCAGAUGAGGCCGAAAUUGCCCCCGUGCUCACCAAACUGCAGGCCGCCUGGGGCCGAAAGGUAGCCCUUGGCUCCUACCCUGACUGGCUGAGCAACUACCACAGAGUCAGGCUGGUCCUGGACUCCAACAGCCAGGAGGAGGUGGACAAAGCUCGGGCACAGCUGAUUGACGAGCUGCCCAAGGGGAGCGUGGUACCUUUAGUCACUGACCCGGUGUCCAUCGCCACCGCUGAGGUGUACAUGCUAGCCAAAAGCGGCACACCGCUGGGCGAGAAAGUUGCGUCAGCGCUGAAAACGAUCGAGGCGGCGCUGGAUCAGUAUUCCACAGAGGAAGUCUGCGUCGGUUUUAACGGCGGCAAAGACUGCACGGCACUGCUGCAUCUCUACUACGCCGCAAUGAAGCGGCGCUACCCGGACAGUAAAGACAAGGUGAAAGCUCUUUACAUCCGCAUCGUCUCUCCAUUCCCAGAAAUGGAGAGGUUCCUUCAGGAUACUAUAAAAAGAUACGACCUGGAUCUGUUCUCCGUGGAGGGCAGUAUCCGGCAGGCCCUGAGCGAGGUCCAGGAGCGGAAGCCGGAGCUGAAAGCCGUCCUGAUGGGCACCAGGAGGAGCGACCCUUACUCUGUCACUCUCACACCCAUGUGUCCCACCGACCUUGGCUGGCCACCCUACAUGAGAGUCAACCCCUUACUGGACUGGACUUAUCACGACAUCUGGUCCUUCUUGAGGACGCUAUAUGUACCCUACUGCAUCCUCUAUGAUAAAGGGUACACGUCACUGGGCAGCAUGGACAACACAUAUCGAAACACGGCACUGCAGGUGGUGGAUGGGAGGGGGGUGACGCGCUACCAGCCAGCCUACCUGCUGGAGAACGAGGAAGAGGAAAGGAACUCCCGUGCCUGAUGGUUUCUCAGCUCUUCACGGACAUUUUUUAACUUCAUUCCAGUAGCAGGAAAACUGUAAAAUGAAGAAAUGUGUGUGUGCCUAAGUGCCUAAGGUGUGUGUUACUGAUGAUGGAUCUCUGUGCUGCUGAAUAAAGCAUCAAUCAAGUCAGCUUUAUCUACGGUCAUGUGACUAUAUGGAGACACAAUUGAUUGAUCUUCAGUGUGAAUCUAUUUGUCUCACUUUUAAAUCCAAUAAACUGCCAAAAGACUGCCACCAUUACCAUAUAGCUAAAAAUAACAAUUCCCUCACGAGCUGCUGUACACGACACUAAAACACUGCAUCACAGCAUAUCAUAGCCAUCAAUGGAUGCUAUGCAUAUAUGCCCCCUCGUGGCCUAAGCGCAGGAUGACAUCUGAUAGGAUGCCCCAUAAGGAUGUGUUUUUAGGGGGCGGGGGUCUGGUUCUAUGGCAGAAAAAUUCCCACAACAAGCCGUAUAUAUUUUUUAACCCAUUUAUUGCACACAGUAAUAUAAAAACAAUAUGUCACUUUAAAAAAAUUAUAAUUUUAUGGAAAUUAGUGGUGGGUCCAAAUGUGUUCCACACUCAGACCAAUUCAAUGUACAGUGCUUAACAAAUUGAUGUCAUUAAAACAAAAAUCCAAAACGUUAUUAUGGUUGUUUGGCAAAUAAAUGUAUAUUUAUUCAUUUUUCACAAAUUUUGACCAAAAAAUGUUUCAUUUUAUCUCCUUGAGAUGCUUUUACUGUUCAUAGAUAAUAAUUUGACCUCUUAAUGAAGGAAUAAUGUGCUGUACUAUUUUUCUGUGUUUUGCGUGUUUGUUAUUGUAAAACGGUAAGUUUGAAAAUGUAUGGACAAUCUAGCAUCUGUCAAGCACUGUAGGUCAACAUCUGCAUGCUAUGCAAUGCUAACUUUUUCUGUGACCCUUUGGCACUAAAUAUUCUUUGUAAUAUUUCACUAUACAAUGCGUAGUAUUGUAUUGUAUUGUACGCCACACGACAAGAAAAAAAUGACGUUUUUGACCCUAUUUUAGGCUAAUCUGUAAAUCAGGUAUACUGCAAUGUUAUUAAUACUGUAACACAACACCUU